UUGACGAAUCCAAUACAUCAAAAUGUCUGAGGAAGGAAUGCAGUUGCUUCUUAAGGUCCGACUAGCCGACCAAGCAGAGAGGUAUGACGACAUGGUCAAGUUCAUAAAUGACCUUGUAGAGAACCAUUCUGGAAACUUCAUAGACCCCUCACUCCUUCACCACAUCUCUGUGGCCUACAAGAACGCUGUGGGGGAACGUCGGGCAUCCUGGAGGAGUGUGAACGAAUGGGAGCGGAGCGGUGCGAAAGAGGAGGCGGCGGUCAUGCAUGACUACCAGAACACCAUAGCAACAGAGCUGUUGGACAUCUGCACACAGAUGUUGGACCUGAUAAACAAGCAUCUUCUUCCCAAGACGAAAGACCAUCCCAAUGAAAUUCUCCUUCUGAAGCUUAAAGGUGACUACUUCCGGUACAAGGCGGAAGUGCAGACAGAAGAAGCUAAGCAAGAUUCCUUGGAGAACGCUGAUGCGACCUACACGGAGGCCAUGAGGAGGGUGAUAGGUGUGCUGCGGCCGUGUCACCCAGUGAGGCUAGAACUAGCUCUCAACUACUCCGUCCUCAAGUUUGAGAUGCACGAACAGGAGGAGGCGUGCAGGAUAGCCAAGCUGGCAUUUGAAGACGCCAUGGAUACUGUGCAUAAAGUAGACGGGGAAGACUACGUAAACAGCACCAGCACCAUGCAGAUACUGAGAGACAAUCUGGUUCAAUGGACGCUGUUGCCAGACAGGAAGUGAGAGGGGAAUACAGAUCUCACCAGACGAACUAUCGUGGACUGGGGAACGUUUAAUAACUCACUUUUUGAUUCGACAGGAUUCUAACUACAUGUCACCUGAAUUGUUCCGGAGUGGGUGGAAUCGCAGACAUAUGUGGGAGUCAGACUGUUGUGGGCAGAGGUCUGACGGUGUAGGAGUUGUACGGCUUGCACAUUAUUGACAUCGAUUGUAGGCUGGAGUUAACUCCUGUUUUGUAUUUUUUGUAUAUUUUGGAGAUGUUUUCUUGCAUGCAUAUCGUAAAUACCCGUAACCGUUGUGGUAAGCGGCGUUAGGGUUUUGUUGUAUCAAAAGGUAUCUGGUUUUGUGUUUUGCAAUAAAAAGGAUACAAAUCCAACGUCA